CUGUUCUGCUCGCUGGUCGGGCUGGCCAGGCAACAUUUGCAGAAUGGAGUCUAAUUUAAAUCACGAUGGGGUACCUAGACCAUCUUACGUUUUUAGUGCUGACCCAAUUGCAAGGCCUUUGGAAAUAAAUUUUGAUGGAGUUAAACUUGAUCUCUCUCGUGAGUUUUCUUUAGUUGCUUCAAAUACUGAGGCAAACAAUUUGGAAUUCAAAGAUUAUCUCCAAGUUUGUCUUCGAAUAAGACCCUUCACACAGUCAGAAAAGGAACAUGAUCCUCAGGGCUGUGUGUAUAUUCUGGACUCACAAACUGUGUUGUUGAAAGAUCCUCAAAGCAUUCUUGGCCGGAUAAGCGAGAAAAGCUCUGUACAGAUGGCACAGAAAUUCAGUUUUUCUAAGGUUUUUGGCCCAGAAACUACACAGAAGGAAUUCUUCCAAGGUUGUAUUAGACAGCCAAUAAAAGACCUCUUGACAGGACAAAGUCGACUGAUUUUUACAUAUGGACUAACCAACUCAGGAAAGACAUAUACAUUUCAGGGCACAGAAGAAAAUAUUGGGAUUCUGCCUCGAACUUUGAACAUAAUAUUUGAUAGUCUUCGGGACAGAUUAUAUACAAAGAUGAACCUUAAACCACAUAGAUCCAGAGAAUUCUUACGGUUAACACCAGACCAAGAGAAAGAAGAAGUUGCUAACAAAAGUGCUUUGCUUCGGCAAAUUAAAGAGGUUGUUAUGCAAAAUGACAGUUAUGAUACUCUUUGUGGAAGUUCAACAAAUUCUUUAAAUAUCUCAGAAUUUGAAGAAUCCCUGAAAGAUUGCGAACAACCUAGCUUGAACAUGGAUAAUAAUAUAAAAUUUUCUAUAUGGGUUUCUUUUUUUGAGAUUUACAAUGAAUAUAUUUAUGACUUGUUUGUUCCCGUGUCAUCUAAGUUCCAGAAGAGAAAGAUGCUGCGCCUUUCUCAGGAUAUAAAGGGCUAUUCUUUUGUAAAAGACUUACAAUGGAUUCAAGUGUCUGAUUCCAAAGAAGCAUAUAGACUUUUGAAACUAGGAAUAAAGCACCAGAGUGUUGCCUUCACAAAAUUGAACAAUGCUUCCAGUAGAAGUCACAGCAUAUUCAGUGUUAGAAUAUUACAGAUUGAAGAUUCUGAAGUGCCUCGUGUGAUGCGUGUCAGCGAAUUGUCUUUAUGUGAUCUGGCUGGUUCAGAACGAAGUAUGAAGACACAGAAUGAAGGUGAAAGGUUAAGAGAAACUGGGAAUAUCAACACUUCUUUAUUGACUCUGGGAAAGUGUAUUAAUGUUUUGAAGAACAGUGAAAAGUCAAAGUUUCAACAACAUGUGCCUUUCCGGGAAAGUAAACUGACCCAUUAUUUUCAAAGUUUUUUUAACGGUAAAGGAAAAAUAUGUAUGAUUGUCAACAUCAGUCAAUGUUGUCUUGCCUAUGAUGAAACACUCAAUGUGUUGAAGUUCUCAGCCAUUGCACAAAAAGUUUGUGUUCCAGACAUUUUAAAUACCUCACAAGAAAAAUCAUUUGGACCUGCCAAGUCAUCUCAAGAUGUACCACUGGAUGAUAAUUCAGAUAAUAAAAUAUUAAACAUAAAAAGAUCCACAGUUUCAUGGGAGAGUAGUCUAGAAGAUCUGGUAGAAGAUGAAGAUCUGGUUGAAGAUCUAGAAAAAAACAAAGAAAACCAAAAUGUGGAAACUGAACUUAAUGAUGAAGAUCUGGAUACAACAUUAGAAGAAGAUAAAUCUUUCAUUAGCCACGAGAGAAAGAGAAAACUGCUGGAUUUAAUAGAAGACUUGAAAAAAAAGUUAAUAAAUGAAAGAAAAGAAAAGUUAACAUUAGAAUUUAAAAUUCGUGAAGAGGUUACAGAGGAGUUUACUCGAUUUUUGGCUCAACGGGAAGCUGACUUUAAGGAGACUCUCCUUCAGGAACGAGAACUAUUAGAAGAAAGUGCUGAAUGUCGAUUGGCUAUUUUCAAGGAGUUGGUUGGUAAAUGUGACAUUCAAGAAAAACCAUCCAAUGAAGAUCAUGCCAUGAAAGUUGAAACCAAAGAAACACAUAAUUAUGUAGGAAUUGAAGAUAUUAUUGAUUCUCUUCAAGAUGAUGUCACUGAUAUUAAGAAACAGGCUGAAAUUGCUCACUUAUAUAUUGCAUCUCUUGCUGACCCCCAGGAAGCUAUUGCUUAUUUAGAACUAAAGUAUAAUCAUGUUAAAACUGAAUUAAGUAAAACCAAAGAGGAAUUAAUCAAAGCCCAAGAAGAGUUAAAAAAGAGAGAAAAUGAUUCAGAAAUUAACUUAAAUUCAUUGACUGAAGAGCUUGAGAAAUCUAGUAAGGAUAAGAUUGGUAAAUCUCCUUUAAUAAUAGCCAGUAAAUUGUCUUGCAAUGAAACAGUUGAAAGGCCUAAGGAUAAAACUGAAAACUGUUCAGGAAGAAAAAGAUUAAGUGAAAAUGAUCUUCAACAUGAUGAACCACCUCCAAAGAAAGUACCUAUGCAUGUUACUCCAACUAUAAUGGAAGACGAAAAGAGUGAAGAAGUGCAACAGAGAAUUUCAGAAGAUGGGAAAGCUAUUAGAGCUUUACAAGAAGAUAAUGAAGAGCUGAAAACGCACUUACUCAUUAUUGAGAAUGAACUUAAAAAUGAAAAGGGAGAAAAGGCAGAAUUAAGCAAACAGAUUAUUAGUUUGCAGCAGGAACUUUCUUUUUCUGAAAAAAAAAGUGUUACUUUUCGUUUAGAGGCCCAGCAAAUUCAGUCAAGUUAUGACAAUGUAAUUUCUGAAUUACAUAUACAGAGGGGUAUAAAUCAAGAACAGCAGGAAAAGAUCUUAAAAUUAUCAGAGGAGAUAGAAAUUGCUAGAAGAAACAUUACAAGUAAUGUUUCAAAAAUAAAAUUAAUGCAAGCAAAAAUAGAUGAAUUACAUAAGCUGGAUUCAGUUUUUCAACUCUCAAACAUAGAUUUGCUCGAUCUUAGAGAACUGUCAAGUAGUUCUCAAGAGAAUAAUUCCCCCAGAACACAUUCAUACCUUGUAGAUAAAGAUGAUUUGGCAAAUAAGCAGGUUAAAGAUGAUCAUAUUCAAGAACUCAGUAGGGAAAGUUCUUUCCACUCUAGUAUUGAAGCCAUUUGGGAAGAAUGUAAAGAGAUUGUAAAGACCUCCUCCAAAAAAACUCAUCAGAUCAAAGAAUUAGAACAACAAAUUGAAAAAUUACAAUCAGAAUUAAAAAGCUAUAAAGAUGAAAACAACAGACGAAAAGCAGAGGAAAUGGAGAAUAACAAUCAAGAUAACCUACUGAAAGAAAAAGAAAGUCAUAUACAGCAGCUGAAGAAAGAAUUGGAAGAAAAAAUUGCUAGUCUUGAAAUUCAAUCACAGCUUGUAGUUGAAGGAAAGAGAGAAUUUUCAGAGCUUUCACAAGAUGUCACUUGCUACAAGGUGAAAAUAAAAGAACUAGAAGCAAUGUUAGAAACUCAGAAAGGUGAAUGUAUUCUCUUACCCAAGUUAGAACAAGAAAUUUUGGAGAAGGAAUCUAUGAUCUUAAAGCUAGAAAGAAACCUGAAGGAAUUAGAAGCAGAUCUUCAGGAUUCUAUCAAAAACACCAAAGAUUUAAGUGAAAAGGGAGUCCAAAUGAAAGAAGAAAUCACACAGUUAACAGUUCAUUUGCAAAAUACAAAGCAUUUGCUGCAAUUAAAGGAAGAAGAAAAAGAAACCCACUUUCAAGUAACAAAAAAAUUAAAGGAAGAACUCGCUGCAAGCUCUGCUCUAACCCAGGAUCUGAAAGCAGAUCUUCAGAGAAAGGAAGAAGAAUAUGCUGAACUGAAAGAGAAGUUGGCUGAUGCCAAAAAGCAAAUUGAGCAAGUACAGAAAGAGGAACAGUUAAAUAACCAGAAAAUGGAAGAAGCCAUACAACAGUAUGAGAGAGUAUGUAAAGAUCUAAAUGUUAAAGAGAAAAUAAUUGAAGACAUGCGAAUGACACUGGAAGAACAAGAACAAACCCAGGCAGAACAAGAUCAAGUGCUGGAGGUUCAGUUAGAGGAAGCUGAAAGACUGGCCACCGAAUUGGAAAAAUGGAAGGAAAAAUGUAAAGAUCUGGAAACCAAAAGUAAGCAAAGGUCAAACACAGAACUUGAGGAUAAUAAGGAUGUCCUGUCUAAAAAGCUCAGUAAGCUUCAAGAUGAGUUACAGGAAUCUGAAGAGGUCUAUAAAGCUGAUAGAAAGAAGUGGUUUGAAGAAAAAAUGAUGCUUAUCACUCAGGCAAAAGAAGCUGAAAAUCUACGAAACAAAGAGAUGAAAAAAUAUGUGGAAGACAGAGAGCGUUGUUUGAAGCAGCAAAAUGAAGUGGAAAUACUAACAGCACAGCUGAAGGAAAAAGACAGUAACCUUCAAAAGUGGCGAGAAGAACGGGAUCAGCUGGUUGCAGCCUUAGAAAUACAGUUGAAAACACUGAUCUCCAGUAACAUACAGAAAGACAAUGAAAUCGAGCAGUUAAAGAAGAUUACAUCGGAGGAUUCUAAAGCAGAAUCACAAACCAUAGAUCCCAAGCCCAGACAUACCAGUUCAGUAGAUCCUGACAGAGUUGAAAUUGAACCUCAACCAAGUUUUGAAAGUUCCAGAAGUGAAUUAGUGGAUUUGGUGAAGUGUGAAAAUAAGAAGAAUGCUACACCCAGAACUAAUUUGAAAUCCCCUAUUCCUGAACAUGGAAAUUCUUCUCUCAAAAAGGAACAAAAGGUUUCCACGCGUCCAUCUUCUAAGACAACAUAUUCUUUACGAAGUCAGGCAUCCACAAUUAGUGUAAACAUGGCAGCUAAGAAAAAAGAAGGAACACUACAGAAAUUUGGAGACUUCCUACAACAUUCUCCAACAAUUCUUCAAUCAAAAGCAAAGAAAAUCAUUGAAACAAUGAGCUCUUCAAAGCCCUCAAAUGUAGAAUUAAGUAAAGAAAAUGUGUCUCGGCCAAAACGGACCAAACGGAAAUUAUAUACAAAUGAAAUUUCUUCUCCUAUUGAUAUAUCUGGCCAAGUGAUUGUGAUUGACCAGAAAGUAAAGGAAAGUGAUCAUCAAAUUCUCAAACGAAGGCUUCGAACUAAAACAGCCAAGUAAAUAACUUAUGGAG